GGCUCUGUAGGUAUCUUCGUAAUUGUAAAAGAAAUUAUCUUAGCAAAGUUUCAUGACGAAACAUCGUUUCUAUAAGACAAAAUAUAAUUGAGUACAGAUACAUAUCUACACUGUAAAUAAGGAGUAGAUAAUCAUUUUGGAUCAAGUCGGAGUUAGCCCUGCCGACGAACCCUUAAGUUCAAUCGCAUUACUAACGGUCCAUAAUGACAAAGCUGAGGCUAUGUUUAUGUAUAUUCGUUCUUUUAUCAAUGCUUUUGAUUCUGUCACGCAUUCGUAUUACCAGCGAUAAUCUCGAUUGCGACUUCCCGAGACCCGCGUCGGCUAUACUUAUAAAAAAUAUCCACUUGCAUGAUUUAUAUGUAGAGCCUAUUUUUUACGGGGAAUCUGUGCAAUCACCGCAACGUCGUCUUCUCGAACAUCCGCGCAGGGCUAAGCAGGUAUAUCGUAAUUACGACUAUAGUGUCGUACGAAGACAUCGACAGCCUCGAAAUAAGUUGGAUGAAGGCAGAUUCUAUCGUUCAUCAGUCGUAAAUAAUGAUGACGAUGAGGACGAAGAGGAGAAGGAAGAAGAGGAAGAUCAGAAUAGCAUCGACAAUGACAAUGACAACGCCGACGAAGAAAUCACAGGAGAGGAUGAGGAAGAAACGGUCGCAGUUGCCGCCGCUAAGAAUCGUAUAACGAGAUCCGGUUACGUACCGCUCGUGGGUGAGACCGAUGAACAAGAAAUCGUGAGGAUCAGGUCAGCUACCGAGGAGUGUGAGGACGAGCCGUCGCAAUAUUACGAAUAUGAGACCGAGAUGAGAAAUGUUGCGUCGCAGGAUGCCCAAGACGAACGUCGACUGAUAUUCUUCGCGAAGAUGCUCAGCGUGAGUUUAUUGAUAUUUUCAUUCGUCUGAAAAUUUCGAAAUUUAUUAUGAAGAAAGGAGUAAUAUGCGAUGUAUUUUACAGCGAGUAAACCUAAUCGCGUGUAAUGCAUAUGCUGUAAUAAAUUUCCAUCAACU